AUGGACAGCGCGGCAACCAGUGCAAGCACAUUUGCUAUGGAAGUUCGCGAAAUAUGGCAAGACUCCCCCCUGAAUCGACUCCAGGCCACCUCUAUUGAGCCUACGGGUGGUAAUCGGAAGCCCGUUGAAGGCGAUUGUCCUAUCUGUUUCAUGGAAUUUGAACCUCACGAAGAUACUGUCUGGUGCAAGGCUGCCUGCGGUAACAACAUCCACAAGACCUGCUUCGAUCAAUGGGCAGCCACGACGCGAAAAUCGGGUGUGCGCUGCAGGAUGAAUAUCAGUCGUGCGGCUUGGAAGAAUGAUACUGCUGAUCUCAACAUUGAGACAAUCCGAAAUAGCGGCAGCAUUGGUGAAGAUGGCUACGUCAAUGUGGCGUCUCAAUUCGGAUUGUCCACUGAGCGUGUCCCACCAGUUGCCACUUGCUAA